AUGGCAUCCACGGGCGUGUGUUCAAAGUUAGACUACAUCACCUCGUCCACCUUUAUCCUGAACACUGGUGUUCCACAAGGCUGUGUGUUGAGGCCGCUCCUGUACUCCCUUGUCACCAAUGACUGCUUUCCUGUACACAGUUCCAACACCAUCAUCAAGUUUUCAGAUGACACCACGGUGGUGGUUGUGACUCACUUCCUCUUCGUUGGGGGUGAAAGAGGGCUGAACAAAUUCUACCUUGAGCUUGCCGUCUUACUACUGGUGGUCUACCUGAUGGUCCUAAUUGGAAACCUGAUCAUUUUUACCCUAGUGGUGACAGACCCCAAGCUACACACUGCCAUGUACAUUUUCCUCAGCAACUUGUCUCUCAUAGACAUAGGAAUCACAACCAGUGUUCUCCCUAAGAUGAUAUCAGUGUGUUUGUGGAAUGAUGUAACUAUCUCUUACUCAGCGUGUUUCUUUCAGAUGUAUGUGUACUUGUCAUUUCAAACUGUGGAAGUUCUUCUGCUGUGUUUCAUGGCCUAUGACCGUUAUGUCGCCAUAUGUAAUCCUUUGCUCUACAGCAGCAUUAUUACUAAGAGAGUAUGUGCUCUACUGGCUACAGCAGCAUGGGUCGUUGGACUUUGUUUACCUGCUUUCAGUGUAAUUUAUGCAUCACAAAUGCCCUACUGUAGCAAUAAGAUACAUUUCUGGUUCUGUGACCAUCCUCCUGUAGUCUCGCUGUCCUGUUGGGAUACAACCAUUCUUAUUGAUGUGGGUAUUAUCUGUGCUUUCAUAGCAAUCUAUUUGCCAUUAACUGUCAUUGUUUGGUCCUACUACAGAAUCAUUGUUGCUGUCUGCAAGAUUGUGUCUUCAGAGGGACGUAUGAAAGCUUUUUCUACCUGCUCCUCACAUCUCAUUAUUGUCCUCACCUUCUACUUCAUUCACUCCUGCAUCUACAUCAGUGCUAAAUAUGAACGUGUUCACUGUAAUGUUCUCAUCUUAAUAUCUAUUGUAAACAGUUUUCUGACCCCUGUUAUGAAUCCUAUCCUGUACAGUCUUAGAAACGAAGAGAUAAAGGCAGCUCUGCGAAAGCUCUGUUCUGGUAAAGUUGGCUCUUAUGGUGAAUAA